AUGCAGCAACACAGCAGAGAGGUACUGAAAGAUGUCACGACGGCCCUGCAGCUUGAACAGGAACUUCAGCUCUCCCAGGCCCAGCAUGGGGUGGCGGUGCUCGAUGUGUACAGCUCCGAGUGGGGCAACACCAAGGUGCUGUCUGAGACCUUCCGGCGUCUCUACACGGACGCCGGGGACCAGAUGCAUUUGCGCUUCUACUCGGUGGAGUGCAACUCCGUGCUGGAGAGCCUUAAGUUCCCUGAGGAGCAGCGCAACCCGCAGCGGCCGAAAAACUUGGAGCUCUGCCGGGAAACGUUGCCAACGUUCUGGGAGGGCAUCCUGCUCGGGCGGCGCGGAAAGUCAAAGUCGUACUUUGUCUUCUACAAGGAGGGGAAGCGGCGCGCCUUCAUUGAGGGCGUUGACACCCCGAAGAUCGUCAGCUGCGUGAGGGAGCUGUGCCGGAUUCAGAAGCCGGCAGAGGAGUGCACCUCGAACGCGGAGCUGCUUAAGUUUUGGGACCAAUACUUCAGCGCCGCCGAAAGCGAGGUCUUCUUUGAGUCUUUUGUCAGUGCCGUCCAGGACCACAUCGCGGCGAAGCGACCAUUCACGGAGAGGGAGAGAAAGACCCUUGCGGAGGCCGUCGGAGCAGCGGAUGGCAAGGUCUUGAUCCAAGCGCUGGAGGCCUGGAUCGGCGACAACGAGACGAUUGAGAGCGCCUUCACGCACCUGUUUCCUGUCCAUAAGGAGGUGCCGGAGGCACCAUCCACUGUGCUCAGCGGUGGUGGUGAUGGUAGUGUGGACGGCUCAAGGAAUAAUAUGAAGCACGCGGCGGUCAGCGACUGGACAGAGGAGGGCGUCUUUGCGAAUGCACUGGAGCUGCCAACGGGUUUGCGGCAACGGGAUGCGAAGUGGCGACCAGAGCUCUGGCACCGCGUCGCGGCAACACCGUUGCACGUGCCAGACAACACGCACCUUCUGCUGCUCUCCUGCGAAGAGGGGGAGUCGGAGGCAGCGGCCUGUCUUCAACGCGUCAGCGAUAUUCCUACACUGCACAAUUAUCUGGCAGACAUGGGCGUCGCAGAUGCAGACAUUCAAGUCAUGUGUCACGCGGCUGCGGAAAGGAUUUCCUCCACAAGUCUCGAGUACGGCAAACUGGGUCUGGUUCUCAUGCUGUCCGACAGGGGCAGCUGUGAGGAGCUGCUGGGGCGCCAAGAGGGACUGUUCGAACACCUCUCGGAGGGAACACUCAUGGCGCAGCACUUGCCGCUCGCCUUCGCGGUCCUCUCCUUGUGCGCGUCGGAGGUGCCUGCCGAUACGGAGCUUUACUACUGCAACGAUGCCAGCACUGUGCCCGCUGCUGACGGCCUCAAGACGGGCGACGCGGUGGUGUUACCUCCCUUUUCACGCCUGUGUUUGGACCGCGCCGCCGAGGGCGUCUUCACAGUGAAGUUCCUUGGAUUACCACAGGUCAUUGCGCUCCCCACAGCGGAGACUGAAGGGGAAACGGUCGUCCUUAGCCCGUGGUACGCCAAGUUUCACGUAACAGAUCGGGAGGAGAACGCCGUCACACUUACCUUCGCGGGGAACGUGGGUGAAGAAAGCUUUCGGCACUCCGCCCAGCUGUACACUGAACGCCUUGUGGCAGAGGAUACGCUGCCUAAACUGGCGGAUAUAGUUUAUGUUCUUGAGCAUCCACUAGGCUACGAGCAGGCACCAGAGCCCUUGUCCCUUACAGACCCCCAUCUUCUUGACCGCGCCACCGCUGAGCACACACCGGAACACGAGGUUUACGCCCCUGAGAAUGCGGUGGACGACAAUGAUGAGCUUUCUGAGGGGGACGUUGCCAAACUUGCAUCCAACGCCUCCCACGAGGCGGACGCGGAGCUUUGA